AUGGCGCCCCUCCCCGGUGACCCCUGCGGUGGGGUGCCAGGGCCCGGAGGUCCAGAGGAAGGCCUGGACCAGAUCAAUUCUGACCUCACCGAAGGAUUCAUCCUCAGCCUCAACAGAAUCUAUGAUAUAAAGGUGAGUAAAGGUGCUGAAGGAGCAGGCGUGCUGUUCAACCUGACCAUAGACGUGCUGGAGACAAAGUGUCAUGUGAUCAGCAAGAAGCCGUGGAAGAAAUGUGAAGUAAAGGAUGUAGCUAACGUACCAGUGUAUGGGCAUUGUAUGGCAUCUAUCUCUGUUGGGAAGAGUGUGGAAAUGUGCAGCUAUAAAUGUGCCAUGCAACAAGUGCCUGCCACGGUCAUCGUCGACACGUGUCCAGACUGUCCAACAGUAGUGCAGCUGAAUGACCCCGUCCUAGCGGAGACGACCAAUCUCCUCCAGAAAUACAAUAUAAUGAAUCGCCUGCCAAACUACUUCACCCUCCUCAACGUAACAGGAGCUACAAUGCAGGUCUGUGAGACCGUCCUGUUGUAG